CUCUCCCAUAAUUCACCUGACUAAAACAGAGGACUUGACUCUUUCACAGAACAAGAAAAAUAAAGACAUUUCAUUUGCAGGAACUCAAACAGCAAAGGAAGAUUUGACAAUGGUGUCUGCUGGGCUACAAAUGCUGGGCACGGCCCUGGGGAUCCUGGGAUGGAUUGGUGCUAUUAUUGUGUGUGCCAUUCCCAUGUGGAAGGUCACUGCCUUCAUUGGCAGCAACAUUGUCACCUCGCAGACGACCUGGGAAGGAAUUUGGAUGAAUUGUGUGAUCCAGAGCACAGGCCAGAUGCAGUGUAAAGUCUAUGACUCCAUGCUGGCCCUCAGCUCUGACCUCCAGGCGGCCCGGGCCCUGACCGUCAUCUCUAUUGUGGUGGGCAUCAUGGCUAUCCUGCUUGCUGUGGCUGGAGGGAAAUGCACCAACUGUGUGGAGGAUCCUGCAUCUAAAACCAAAGUAGGCAUCGCAGCUGGGGUUGUGUUCAUUGCAGCUGGGAUUCUCUGCCUGGUCCCAGUCUGCUGGACGGCACACAGUAUCAUCCGUGACUUCUACAACCCACUGCUGGUCAGCGCUCAGAAGAGGGAGCUGGGGGCUGCACUCUACAUCGGAUGGGGGGCAGCUGCCUUUAUGCUGAUCGGAGGAGGACUGCUUUGCUGUAACUGCCCUCCCAAGGAUGAAGGCUCUUACACAGCCAGGUACAAGGCUGCCAAAUCCGAUGUCUCGGCACCAGCGUCCGCAAAAGACUAUGUUUAAAACAAAUGUGGAAGAAGCAGCUGUGAUACUGUUUACUGGGACAGAUGUACUGGUGCUGCUAGGUUGUGAGUGUUUGUAUUUCAAGAUAUUAAGAAGCAAAAAAGUAUUCUUGAGUUUGUCUUCUCAUGAGAGGCCUUUGAAGUAAAUGAAAUGCAAGAGAGGAAUCACACUCAAUGAGACAACCGAGUUGGAAGGUUAAAGUUUCUUGUAUAUGUGCAGUUGUUUAUAUGAACUAUAGUCUUUUUUAAGUUUUUAACCUAGAGUAACUGCAGUCUUCAUUUUUUGUAUGUGGAUUCUUCUUUUAUAAACUAUGUUUUUGGGAUUUAUGAAAUGAUGAACACUGUAAAUAAAUAUUUUGUUUACAAAUCUGUCA